CCCAUCUCGUUCCAUCAUCACCACAGCCUGUCCGCACUCACUCCCUUUCCUUCUCUGUCUUUUAUCUCUUUUUAUUUUCAUUAUUUCAUUAUUUCUUUUUUUUUUUUUCUUUUUUUCCCCUCGUGUCUCUCGACUUUUGGAAAGCAUAUACGCCAUUUCUGCUCUGUUUCCUCCCACCCGACACGCCACCUUUCUUCUAUCCAUCCAGCGACUUUAUCAACUUUACAACGCAACAGCGAAUCUCUAGAGAUAGCACCUCCAUCCACCGCUCUACAUCAUGUUCAGCUCUGGAUUCGGCAACAGCGGCUUUGGUGGCCAGCAACAGCAAAAUACAGGAUUUGGAUCAGGCAACGCGUUUGGUUCCACAACAGGCUCAUUUGGUGCUCCUGCGACCGGCUUUGGGGCUGCAGCCAAUACAGGCUUUGGUGGUGCCGCGCAAAACACAGGCUUUGGAGCAGCUCCAGCAGCCAACGCCUUUGGAUCCACGCCCGCAAGCACUGGUUUCGGUGGAGGCGGAUUCGGAGGGUCAAGCUCGGGCUUUGGAGCACAAGCGCAGCCUCAGACUGGGUUUGGCGGUUCUUCUUUUGGAGGAGCUAACCCGACAGCCCCGACAGGAGGAUUCGGAGGAUUUGGAUCCAACACAGCGUCCGCAGGUGGAUUUGGAUCCAGUUCCGGUUUUGGAAGCAAGCCAGCCACAGCAGGAUUUGGAGCACAGCCAACAACUGGUUUUGGUGCCGCCGCCAACACUGGAUUCGGAGCAGCAGCGGCAAAUACCUUUGGCGGUGGAGGAAUGCUUGGAGGCGGAAUGAACGCACCCGGGGGCAAUGGAACUGUUAACCCUCCAUUCUCAGCUUAUAUCGAGAAAGAGCCAGCAACUGGACAGAAUAGUCAUUAUCAGAGUAUCACCGCCAUGCCUGCAUAUCGUCAGUACUCUUUCGAGGAACUUCGCUUGCAAGAUUAUCAGCAGGGCCGUAAGUUCCCUGGUCAAGGAGCCGGUUUUGGCGGUGCGACCGCUGGAUUUGGACAGCAACCUCAACAGCCUGCAACCACAGGAUUCGGAGCCCAGCCUACAACUGGUUUCGGAGCCACCAACACUUCCACUGCUCUAGGCGGCUUUGGUAGUGCUCCGACCGGCUUUGGAGGAGCUACGAACACCGGCUUUGGAUCCACUACAGGCUUUGGAUCGACUGCCCCUGCAUCAACUGGAUUUGGUGGGUCAGCUGCAGCACCAAACACAGGAUUUGGGGCGAACUCUGCUUUCGGCUCGCAGCCCGCGACUGGAUUCGGCUCGACUACAGGCACUCCUGGAUUUGGUACAGCUGGAGCUUUCGGCGCUACUGCCGCGAAGCCCGCAACGGGCUUUGGCGGCUUCGGAGCGACAGCGACCAGCCAGCCAGCCACUGGCUUUGGAGCAACCUCGGGUGGAUUUGGAGCAGGUUCAACUACCACGACUGGUUUGUUCGGUAACACCGGAGCAGGAGCGACCGGCGCCUUUGGUGCGCCAUCUGGUACCGCUUCGACUGGAUUUGGAGGAUUUGGUGCCGCAACAACCUCAGCACCGGCUUCGACUGGACUAGGAUUUGGUCUUGGCGCAGGAACUGGAGCAUUUGGUGCAGCCAAGCCUGCUGCAACUAACUCGCUUUUCGGAAACACGGCGACCUCGACGGCUGCAGCACCUGCCUUUGGUGGAUUUGGAACAACGCCUGCUUCAGGCACUGGUACUGGGCUCUUUGGGGGCGCUUCUACUGGAACAUCAUUCCUACCUGCGACUUCGACAGCACCAACGGGACUAUUUGGUGGCACUGGAAUGACAUCUGCCCCUGCUUUUGGUGGCACGGGCACAACUGGCUUGUUUGGAGCGAAUAAGCCAGCCACGACUGGCGGUAUGUUUGGAGGGGGUGCCUCUACAGGAUUCGGAACGAUGCCUACAUUCGGAUCAACUGCUCCUCAAACAUCUUCCCUCUUUGGCAACCCUGGAGCGACUGGCGGUGCCUUUGGAGCGAGCACGAACACUAGUGGCAUGUUUGGCGCAUCUAUGAACACGGCUGUUGCUCAGCCAUCUAUGGUAGCGUCUGUGAAUGGCAACAUCUAUGGCGACAACCCGCUUUUCCAGAGGGACUCCACUACCCCUGCAUCAAAAUCACAGCCUGCGGUCUUGUCUCGUUCAGAGCCAGCACAGAAGCUCCCUGCUAUGAUUCCUCCAGUGCGCUUCAGCCCAAGACACACGCAGAUCCGCCUCCGCCCAACCUCCACUGCCACAUUCUCGUCCAGCGUUUCUGGCGGCGAUCUCGCUGCUGGUCGCAAAAGUCUUUUGCUCCUGGAUGGGAUCAAUGACGACUCUUCAUUCGCUUCGAAUGACUACACUCCUCGCCGCAGUGUCAAGAAACUCGAGUUGAAGCCGCGUGGCCUUGCUUCCGACCAAUCUACAUUCCAGCCUCAUGGUUUGCAAAGAGCCGGUAUCACCUUCAACCCGUCUUUGGAGACCGCAGCUGCUGUGUCUCAACCAAGACUCGGCUUGGACAGGUCUUUCACGAACGGCAAUGUCGCAGAGCCAAAGACCUCAGCGGGUUCUGCCCGAAAUGAGGUCGCGACCUCUGCGCUCGCUGCUGCUGCUGGAUCCACGGUUGAGGGAGAGUACUGGAUGUCGCCAUCACUUGAGGAGCUCAGGAAGAUGUCCCGCUCCGAACUUCAGCACGUCGAGGAUUUCAAGAUCGGACUGCCAGGUUACGGAAGCGUCGACUUUUUGGAACCCGUGGACCUCACGACUGUGCCCUCGUUGUCCUCCAUUUGCGGCCAUAUCGUCGUCUUUGGUCGUAAGGUCUGCAAGGUUUAUCCUGACGAGCACAACAAGCCUCCUCGAGGCCAAGGUCUGAACGUGCCUGCGCUCAUCUCUCUCGAGAACUGCUGGCCCUUGGAUAAGACUACCCGUGAGCCGACUCGAUUCGACAAGUCCUCACCUGAAUACGCCAAGCAUUUGAAGCGCCUCAGACGGCAGCCAGAGACCACGUUCCUUGACUUCAACACCGACAACGGUACAUGGACAUUCCGCGUGGAGCACUUUUCGCAGUACGGCCUGACAGAUGAUGACGAGAAUGACGCCGAUGCAGUUCAAGAGGAUAACGGCCGACGAGUGAACUCUGCUGCUGCUGCCAAUAUCGUUUCGAAUGCCAGCCAGAGACGAGGCACUUAUGUUGGUGCCAGCUCUUCCUCGGCAGAGUCGGAUGACCAUACGGCUUAUUACGAAGAGUCGCCCCUACCUGCGCUGUUGAACCGUUCCCGCGGCGUCAGCGCAAUAUCAAGGAGCAGCGAUCCUCAGCGCCUCAACAUGAUGAGAACAUCAUUGUUUACGGAGCCCUCGUCUAACCGUAGCCGCCUUUCGAAACGAGGUAGCAUCUGGUCUACAUCCUCCGAAAAUUCUGAACAGAUCGAGUCUAAUGGAGAGCGCGCUGGGGGCUUUGAGGCCGAGAUCCGCCCUUCAUUCCAGCAAGAUUACGAUGUCAAAGAGUCCCUAUUGAAAAGGCCCCCACGCAAGUUCACCCGGUCGUCGUAUGAACAUUCGCUGCUCACGCGCAAAGGAAACCUCCUGGCAGAUGCUGGAUUGAUGAUGGGUCGGUCCUGCAGAGUGGGUUGGGGUCCGAAUGGGCUGCUGGCAGUCUGUGGACAGGUCUGCGACUUUGAGAGUAUCAAAGAAAGGGCAAGCAAAGAGGAUCAUACAAGCGAUAAUGAUCUGCCGUCAAUUUCAACGACAUCAGUCAAUAUUAUCAAGGUCAAAACUGUGGCAGCGGAAGAGGAGAUGGAGGUGCUGAGGAAUAUUGUUUCGCUCCAAGCAUUUUUCCAGAAUACCACCAUCAUUCUGGACCAGAAUGAGCAGCCUAGGGCCAGCAUUGUUACAGGAACAUCGUUUACGACUCUGAUGAAUCAACUCAAGGAACUUCAACACAAUCUUUCGAGCGAGGAAGUAUUUGCCUGGAUUUUGGGCCAGUCUCUGUUUGAUCCACAGCCGACACCAGAGAGCAUGUCAGAAUUGCCCGAGUCAGCACAAGAGUCUUACGAAUCCAUCGGACGAAGGGUGCGAUGCAGCAACUGGCUGUCGUAUGUCACAAAGCCUCUGUUGGAGGAGGAUCUGCGUCGCACUGAGCUUGAGGGAGGAGCCCAGGCGCAGGAAGAGGCGAUCUUUAUACUCUUGCUCAACAACAAGCGCCAAAAAGCCAGCAUAGCAGCUGUCAAGUCUAAGAAUCCCCGUCUCGCGACGCUCAUCUCACAGUCCGGGCGAGGAGCACGGCCACUUGCGGGAGUAGAGGAUCAAUUGGCGAUCUACAAGAAGAAUGGUGUUGAGGGACGUAUUCCGGCUGGCUACAUGAAGGCAUAUGCGCUCUUGAGUGGAAAGUUAGAUGUCAACAUUGCGCCGAAAGGCGAGCCCACCCGAUUGGUGAGCGAUGGGCUCGAUUGGCGACGGACAUUUGGGCUUUAUUUAUGGCAUAGCAAUACUCCUGGGGCUAAUCUGAAGGAGGCUGUAGAUGAAUAUGUUUUUUCCAUGGCUGGGAGCAAGGCGGUGGCCAGGCCGAAUCCGUGGUACCAAAAGCGCGUCCAGGGACAGGACCCCAAGUACUAUGACUUUUUGUUUCAGCUGAUGGCGCUCCUGACAAUACCGUCUAAGAGUCUGGAAGACGCGCUUCAUCCGCUGGGGAUGACACCUUCGUUCCUGGACUAUCGACAAAGUUGGAUCUUUUAUAUGGUACUCACGCAGUCGCUGCGUGUGAGCGGCUUUCGCUCGGGAGCAUCCCACGCCAAGAUCUGCCAGGAUUUCAUAUUCCAGCUCGAGAACUUGGGUCUCUGGGAGUGGGCAGUGUUUGUGGCACUGCACCUGGAAACAGCUGCUGCGAGAGAAAUGGUGAUCCGUCAGCUGCUGGAACGGAAUGUGGAUCUUCCAGCACCCAGCGGACAGAUGACUACAACAGAGUUAGAUGCGUGGGCAGACAAGAGCCAGAAGAUUGAGUUUUUACGCAAGGAUCUGAGAAUCCCUGAGACAUGGAUCUGGAUGGCCAAGGCCACACGAGCCAAAUACCACGGGGAUCUGAAUAUUGAGGUCUUUAGUUUACUAAAGAGCGGCGAGUAUCAGAAGGGACACAGCCUUAUCUUGUCGCAACUGGCACCUGCAUGUAUUCUUCAGGGAGAUCUGGACACGCUCAGUACGCUGUUGGGCAUGCUUGAUCAAAGCAAGGUUGCGGACUGGGAGACAGGCGGAUCGAUCUACCAAAAGUAUUUGGAGUGUUGCUCAGAUUUCGAAGGCGGCUUCGACCGUCUGAAACUGAAGAGCAAGGUGUCGUAUGCGAACGAUCUUGUCCCCGCACAGGAUAUCCAGAGUCUGCAGCAUGAGGUGCAGGCGCUGCUGACCAAGCUGCCGCUGUUGAUCACUCUACAGAAGGAGCCAUCACCUUCGUUGGAGGUGUGCAUUACGGAAAUGGCUUCGAAAUGCAACGGUCUGCUGAGGAAUUUGAAGGAUUUGUCGAUUCAGGAGAGCGCGUUGCUGAUGGACCUUCCCUUGACGGAAGAUCAACGUAUGAGCACAGUGCAGAAAAUCAGCUCCGAUUACUUUGACGAGAUUCUCAAGGUUGCCGAGACUUCUGCCUAUUAAAGGGAUCUGCGAACACAUACACGCUCACACAGCCGCCAUAAUGCGAACAAUUAUUGCCUGAAGAAUAAAAAGCUGCGUUUAUGCAGAAAAAAAAAAG